CGAAAGGUGGUGAGAAAACUCGACCUGCACACGGUUCCUUGUGUUAUGUUAUUAUACCUCGCAAACUUCAUUGAUAGAUCAAACAUUGGGAAUGCCAAAGUUGCUGGCUUGGAAAGAGAUCUUCACCUGAAAGGAAUCCAAUUCAACAUCGCUCUGAGCGCAUUCACAAUCAGUUAUGUGUUGGUCAAAAUUCCUUCAAAUCUUAUACUGCGCAGAGUGGGGGCUAAGAUCUGGUUGCCAUUCUUGGUUUUCUGUUGGGGGACGGUCACAAUCUUUUCGGCGUUCAUGACGAAUUUCGCCUCUUUGGUUGCUGUGAGAAUGAUGUUGGCGGUUUUUGAGGGUGGAUUGCAACCCGGAGUGAUAUUAUAUCUUUCAACAAUUUACAAAACUGACGAGCUACAGCUCCGAUUCGGACUAUCUUAUUGCAGCACUGCAUUGAGUCACAUUGUGGGUGGAUUCUUAGCGUUCGGCAUCCAACAUGGAAUGGAUGGUUUUGCUGGGAAGUCUGCUUGGUGCUGGAUAUUUAUCAUUGAGGGUAUCUUGACACUCUGUGUUGCCGCUUUUGUCUGGUUUUUCUUAUCCUCAAGUGUUGAGACGGCUCCUUAUCUCAACGCGAAUGAGCGCAGGUUUGCAGAGGUCGAGAUAGUUGAAGUAGAAACCUCGUAUGAAACUAAAGGACAAAUUUCUGAUACGGAAGUGUUCGAGUGGUCAGAAGUUAGAAGGGCCUUUGCGGAGCCACAAGUUUGGCUGCUUUUCUCCGCUUUACCCUACAUUCCCGCCUUAGUGACGGUAGUAGUAGGUGCUUUAUUGGCAGAUAGAUGGAGGUUACGUGGACCUAUCGUGCUUGUUUGCGUGCCUAUAGCUAUCAUUGGAUACUUGAUAUUAAUAUUUGCAGAACGCACCGAGAUACGCUACGCAGCAUUUUACCUAAUCCUAGCGGGUUUAUUUCCAGCUGUACCAUGUCUUGUGUGCAUUACCCCAAUCAACACUUCUGGUGGCACUAAACGAGCAACAUGUAUCGGAAUCCAAGGAAUGAUUCAGGCGAUUUCAAUAUUAACAGGACCUUUUAUAUACAUCAAGGGUGAACCUGUUGUAAAAGGACACACGAUCUCCCUUGGAUUAAUCUGUGCUACAUGGUGCCUUACAGCAACUAAUGUGUUGUAUUGUCGAUUCGAGAACUGGAAAAAAUCUAGUGGUCAA